AUGAACGGAAUCAGGACUUUGGUUCUCCAAGAUCUGCCUCACGUUUUGCCUCCGAAAGGACUUCAGCUGUCGUCGUCGCAUCUGCACACCGCUACGUCCACCCGUCGGUUCUGGAGCUUCUUCGUGUUCUCGUCGAAGGAGGAUGCCUGUCGCGGCACGAAGAAAUGUCCCGCAUCUAAGGACGUCAUCUCCACUCCGUUAAUCUCUACGAACGAGGUGAUAGAAGAUGUCUCGAAAACAGCGAACGUGUCCCCGAUUUCUCGGAUAUCUACGCUUCCGUUACCUCCGAAGUUGCAGUACCCGUUCGACCUAAGAACGGCCCCUAUGAGCUGUCUGAGUAUCCCAAGACCUCUCAAGGAGGAUAACCUGAUGUCCUUGCUGGACGGGAACCCCGUGCCCAGGACGCUCAAGUGGAAACUCAAAGGCUACAAAACCCUUCGCAAUGAGCAAGCCGGUGACUUCGCGUUUGUCCCGGGAGGGGAUGCUUACGACCUCGAUAUCCUGCCUCGAAAAGAGUACAGCGAGACGCUGAAGCCUACAGACUCGCGUCUGGGGUCUCUAGAUCGAGCUUUAAGUAGUUCUAAGGCGACAGGUCCGAGCAGUCAGGCUGGAGACACGUUGUCCUUAACAACCAAGGCGAUAGAGAACAAACAGUACACUCUUAAAGCUGUGGAAGCGAAGGUUGAGAAAGUCGACGAAGCAAAAAUUGAGGAACCUAGUGCUCCGAGCACUGCGAAUCUGAGCGUCCCGGCUGCGGUCGAGUCGGUGCCUGGCGAGAUGGUCCCAACGAUGCCAAAGCUGCUGGCAUCGUCCGCGAAGAUGGAGAUCAAGUAUCUUCCCAUCGCGAAGACGAACCUCCCGGCGAUUCCCAUGAAGUGUCAAUCGCAACCUUCUGCUCAGUACUCGUCUCGUCCACCUAAGAAAACUCAACAAACCAACAGGCGAUCUUCAGAUAUAGAGAUGCAGGACGCAGGCUCAGGAAGGUAUAGAGAGCGAGAGAUUGUCUCGAGAGAGAGACAAGACUACUCCAUGGCUAGGAAGCAGGUAGAAGAAGAAAUGCGAGUCGCGGGUGCUAGAUUCGAUCCCGAAGUCUCGAAUCAGGAGAUUCCACGGAGUAGUUCUGAAUUUUCACCUAGAACGGUGGAAACAAAGUCUGACUCUUCGAAGAUCUACGACCUUCAGCAGUCGGAGAAUGCAAACGCUCGAUUCAAUCCUGAACUGACCGAGACUGAGUCUAAAGAAGUCUCCAACCAAAGGAAACAGUUUCUCGACAAUUCCGAAUUUUCGUCGAAAACGGUGGAAAGAAGACCUGAUGCCUCUCAGAGGUAUACUUCCCAGCAGUCUGAAUACUUUGCGCCUCGAAGUUGGAAGUACGAUCGCGUCAACCCUCCUACAUCGAAUCAAUUAUCCCAUACUGGAAAUAAAUCGACUCGAGGAACCCUGAGCUCCGUUUACGAGUCGAUCACAGGUGUCCCUGCCAAGGAGACCACACCCUUGAAGAUAGCCUAUCAAAAACAGCAACCCAAGACGUCGCCCUGCGCCGCGACACAAGCUAGAUUGCAAGGCGGAAGAAACAGCAUGCCUCAGAGGCAGUCGAACUUCGGUUACGACGGGUCAUCCAUGUCUGGGAGCUCCGGAGGAGGCUCGAGGAAACCUCCAGGUUCUUAUCCGCCCUUUACCGCGCGACAAGCGUCGUCGGACAGUUCGUCCCUGUUGAGUCGACAGCCACGCGAUACUCAGAAGUCGAGAGGAACGAAAGCCAAGACGUCUGCGUCGAGGAUCAGCACGAGUGCGAGGAGGCCUGCUCCGAGGAAGUGCGGUGACGACGAAGGGCGCGAAGGGAAGACUGUGUGCACCAAGCCACGCGACAAUAAUAAGUGCAGAAGGAGAUCUUGCGAGCAGGAAGAUAGGCAAAAGUGCAAGAAGGAGUCGAAGAAGACCUGCAAGCGUUACUGCUGCCCCGCGCUCCAGACUCCUGUUGAAUGCGACUACGACAAUUUCCAGUGUCCCAAGCAACGGAACAAGAACGACUGCGGCAAGAGACGCGAGAAGAGGACUCACGAUCCUACGUGUUUGCCCAACGACUCGAAAUGCAGCGACCGAAGGGAGGACACUUGUAACAGAAGGAGGAACGACUGUCAGCGGUCCUGUAAGAGGGAGAGGUCGUGUGGCGCGGAGAGGAGAGAUCGAAGCUGCAAUAGAGACCGGCAGAGCUGCAACAGAGAACGACAGAGUUGCAGUCGCGGCAGAGAGAGGUCCUGCCAGAGACAAGAACGUCGAGACUGCUCCGACAGAGACCAAGGUCGCGUCAUCUGCACGAAACCAAGACGAGGGGACUCUUGCAACCAACGAAGGAACGACGACUGCGGCCAGAGGUCCGCUAAAUGUACUGGAAGACGGAAUUACACCAACUCCGCGUACCUCAAAGACAAGGAUUCCGUAAAACGGUUCUCCUCCGUGCCAGCUCUUGGCUUUUCUCUCAUCGGCAUGAACGUCCAAGGGAACGAAUCGAAGGCUACCAUAGGCUCUUCGUCCAACUGUAGAUUCCUCGGGGUAAAGGAGUUUUCUUCUGGUUGCAAGUACAUAGACAAGAAGCCGGACAAGUGCAAGAAAGCUUCGGACAAGUGCAAGACAGCUUCGGACAAUUGCAAGACACCCCAGACCAAGUGUAAGCAGCAGGAAUCGAGCCAAAGAAAGUGCAAGACGGCUUCGGACAAUUGCAAGACACCGCAGACCAAGUGUAAGCAACAGGAAUCGAGCCAAAGCAAGUGCAAGACGGCUUCGGACAAUUGCAAGACACCCCAGACCAAGUGUAAGCAGCAGGAAUCGAGCCAAAGCAAAUGCAAGCCGCGCAAGACCGAGGACAAAUGCAAACGGGACGAAAACCAGUGCGGGGCACUACGCAAAGCUGCGAACAAGUGCAAAUCGACAUGCGGCGUGUCGAAACCGGAGAAGCCACCGUCCUGCCAGCAAUCCGGGAGCAAAUCGAGCAAAUCCGACGACUACUGCACCAAGAGGAGGGAACAGAUAUGCAAAGACAGGAAGUCAACAUCCGAGGAUGGCGAGUCCUCAAAGGACAGAACAGAUAGGGAGCGAAAGGAGAUGCAGGAGUGCAAGAAAGACAUCGGUAAGAGGGACAAGAAAAAGAGCAAGGAUGAAAAGAAGGCUGCGCCAGCGGGUUUGGAGCGUGUCGUGAGCCCUUGCAAACAGAAGCAGAAGAAUAAGAGCGACAAGUGUUCGACGUCCUCGUCCAAAGUGAAGUGCAUCAGUACCGCGUUGAACUGUUUGGCCAACAGGGAUUCGUUGAUGAUGCUGGACAGCAGAUCCUUCAACAGUCUAUCCGAUAGGUCCUACUCCACCGUGAUGUUCAGUCGGUCCCAAGACCACGACCUGCAGGAAUCUUCUUCCAAUCAGUGGAGGGACUUCUGGAACGGUUUCGAUCCCGAGGCCGAGCUGCCUACGCCGGGUAUCAUAGAGAACCAAGAAGCACCCGAAGACAGCUCCUACAGCCGCAAUUGGUUUCUAUCCUGGUUCUAGAAUCGAUGUUACACCGAGAACGACGAAACCGUGGAAGGCUGCUGACAGGACGACGUGCGACGCGGUUCGACGUCUCGUGGGAAAACCUGUUGUACGACUCGCGGAGCGGUUACUUUUCGCUGAUGGAAAAUCAGCUGGCGUUCCUUGGGAACGGAUUCGUGUCGGAACGCUGAAAACACUGUUUCGUUCGUCGGGACUCCGGGCUGUCAGUUUCUACGAAUGUUAAAAACUCUCAAUAUAAUGCAAAGUCUCGUAACCCCUUGAAGAGCCAGAGCAGUUUAAACAAUUCACGGGGCUAACGUCGCUCGAUGAACCGGGUCUCGCGAGCAGUUAGAUGUCUUUGUACAAUGAACGAGGCACGUCGGAGGCGCGCAUGUGAAUGGACGGGCAGCAGGAGGCGCAAUUAUGGGUUUAUUCAGGUCUCGCCGCGGGAUACACGGGGUGCCGUCACCAUGGAAUAUUUCGUACUCGCGUAUAUACCUGGCGCCUCUUCUCCGGGGCCCUUUAUGCUUCCUGCACACUGUGAACGCGCUGCCAAAAGAGAGAGAAUGGGAGGACGGCCGGGGGAACAGAGGCGCAGAGGGAGGAAGGGAGAGAAAAGCACGAGGACGUCUCCGCGGGGAUCCCCGCGUUCCGCCACUUAUGGGAACGUGAUACGGUGCUUUUCGUCGGAUGCUCUCUUGCGUUUUCGCAUUGUUGCGCAACCGCGUCGUCCUUCUUUUCCCCGCGUUCUCCUUUCGCCUUUUUUUCUCCGCUCGUGUCUCCUCGCUGCUUUACUCGACAAAGGGAAUCGAUGUCAAUGGCGACGCUUUGUGCCCGUUCCGUGCCGGCUUCCGUCUCGUCCCGCGGGACCGAAGUGGAAGAAACGACGGUAACAUUGACAAGAACUUCAACGUUCGGUAUCGUCAGCUUUCGAUCAUCCCUUAUCGUUCAAUGUUUUUCGUGUCGUCGGGUGUCUGCUCUUUUCUGUUUGAUGUAUUUCGUGUAAUUUUCAGCGGAAUAGAACGCGCGGCAUGUUCUUAACGCCGGCCUCGAGUUAUUAGUCUGGAUAUUUUCGAGCCAGCCGACAGGGAGAAGAUCGAACGGUCGAUUUCACGGCUGCCCAAAAGGAGCGAGGAGGAUCGCGGGCAUCUAGACGUCACAUUACGAUGUCAACGACUUCUUCCUGGACCACAAACCGCUUCGACGCCGUGUCCGGGAUGAAUGGCGACGCCACGGGUGGCACCCCGUCGGAAACAACCCCACACCACCGCUGGAAAUGUGUCAAUUUCGUUCGAAUGACAGCGUCACUCUCCUGACGCCAUAGGUUUCUCUAAAUCGUAGGUUACGUGUUCAUUAUCGCGUUCACCGCAGAGAGCAAAACAUUUAUAAAUUUAUAAACAUUUAUAACGUUUCGAUCUUUAUUUUGUACUAUCCUCGUUAAUGUAAUAACUCGUGAAAGAUUAAAGAAUUGGUUUGCGUACAGUAUAAGAUCGAGAACGGAAGUCAGGAAUGGAGCAGCGUUUGCUCGAGAAAUAUUUUCCGGGAAUAUCCGACGGGUCACGUCGACAGGAUGAACGGUUAUUAUUUUUUUUUUUUUUUUAAACCAGUCAAGAGCACCCUUAGACCGCGGAAGUGGCGAAACAAGACCAGAAGGGUUUUCCACGUGUUCGGUCACACGUGGCGUCGCUCGGGAAACGUCCCACGUCAAUCAGGAAAGAUGAAGACGGCUUUGUGCGAAGCGAGCCACGUCCUGUGGAAGAGCGCGCUGAAAAAUCUGGCGGACACGCAUUAUUUUAAGUAGCGUGGUCUUGUUUUUCUAGAAGUCCUUGGCGGUCUGAGAAAACAAAGUAUUCUUUGUUCGUCUGGCCAUACGAUCCUUCUCAGACUUGACUGAAAAAAUACGCGUCAAAAAUCUUCGCAAAGUAACGAAACAAAUUAUCCCAGCGCCGUAUUUCCAGUUUGUCCGUCUGUUUUCGUCUCUAUGGACCUUGACCUGGUUUCCCUUUUUAU